GGGGCGGGGGGCCAAGAGAGCGCUGCAGCGUUAUCAUAGAUCUCUAAAACAUCCGCAACGGCCUCACAAUGUAAACUGGAUUAACUGUAGCUGUGAGUGCUAUACAAAUCAGCGACACUUACACCUCAGCCCACGGGUACUCUCUGUGACUUAUCAGCAGCCGUGCUGCGACUCUAAAAAACAUGUCUGAUCGAACACCAUGGACUAUAGUUUUGGCCUUUAAAUGUAAACGCUAACAUAGCUGAAAUGGGCGAAUGCGCCUUCAUUUCACAACAUCUUUGGCAGCUUGGGUAGAGGUGAGUAGGGGCUUCUUGAUUUUAAAGAAACGCAUUAAAUGCUAUCUAGCUAGCUACUCACCUAGCAUUAAUUUAUCACUAAAGCAGCCAUGGCAACGUGAUGUAUAUUAGACAGAUUAGCGUAAUGCAUUCGAGUAUUCAAUUUGCUAGGAAAACUUUAAGAAGUUCAGUUUGGUGUAUUUAUCCCCAAUGAACCAGUGAGCGAUGGAGGAAAGCAAGGACAGAGUGUGCUUAACCUGAGUACUUCUUACAAAAUGCCUGGACAGCGGGGUUACAUAUGUUAAAACUGCAUAAAUGUGUCAUAUGAUUAUGUUUGACUACACGUGUCAGGUCGUUAUGUGCGCAGAGUUCGACAUGGUGAAGCCUCUUUCAGCGUUUUGAUGAAGGUGAAGCUGUCAGGAAAACAUGACACAUCCAUAUGUUGGUUAGAUGCUGGGGUUUUGUAAUGUGGGAGCAGAGGAUCACUUUAUUUGAAAAGUAACCAAAUAGUCAGAGAAAGAGUCUGAGAGUCAGUUGGCUGUACCUGUCAUUCUUUAGUGUAAUCAAACCCACAAAUAGACCUGGCAGGAGGACAACAAUGGCAGCUGCUGGGUAGUUUAACAGCAAAGUUUUCAGUGACUGUUAUUCAGCUUUGUGGCCCCACUGCAUAAACUCUCAGCACACUGUGUUUACUAGAAAGGGAGUUUCAGAAAGUCAUCUGUAAUUCAUGUUUAUCUAUCUGCUGUUGGUUAGUUUUUCCAGGGAGAGGGUCUCUGGCUCUCCUGCUCGUUGCUCAUGCACAUUGUAGAUAAGCUAUCACAGUGUUUCAAUGACCCCAUAACAACUCCACCUUUCCCCGUUCACAUAAAACGAACACCAUCUAACUCUCCUUUAACCUCCUGUAUUGUUGGAUUACGCUUGAUAGUAGUCUAAUUUUUGUUAUGUCUCAGGAGGUAGUGUUACACAACAUGACACCAAACCAUGACACAAAUUGGCUAACAGGUCCAAACUCUCCUCCUUCUGUUGUUUUACAUAACAAGCAGGCAGAGAAAUCCAGCCACAAGGCUUCCAGGGGGUCAGACAAUGCCUCUUUGGAGUUUGCGUACAGAUCAUUGUGUCCUCUUGGUGUGAAAUUGUGUAUUUUUUUUCUCUGACAGCUGUGCAGGAUGGGGGAUCGGGCCAUGAGCAGCCCUGUGGCUGCAAUAUCCCCAGUGCAGCAGAUGCUUGCUUCUGGUACUGGGGCCCUCCUCACAUCUGUUUUUGGUGAGAAAAGUGGGACGAAUCCAAAAAAAGAAACUUGUCUAUCUUUAAAUGAUAAUGCUCUUGUUUUAUUUGGCUUCCUCAGUGUUUUGUUGUGUACACAGGAUUGGUUUAUGGCCGAGCAAGCUCUCUGUUACAUGUAUUUUGGCUCUUCUAGAACAAAGUGGAUUUCAAACUUUUGAGAGAAAUUUGAACGUUAUAUUAAAAAAGUUAAAGUUAUUUGGCAUACCCUCAGUGAUUUGAAAACAGUGGACAGCAUAAUAAAAAACAACUGAAGUGCGCAUUCAGUUUCCUCUUCAACAGUCAGUAAAGUGGGUAUUUAUGUCAGGACUCUUGAAUGAGCCAGCAUUAGCGUUCACCUCGAGUACCUAAUAGGCCUUCCACUGACUGUAUGCCAUUGUUAUUUUAAGUCUGUUAAUUCUUUUGUUUUCAGUCACACCGCUGGAUGUUGUGAAGAUCAGGCUGCAGGCUCAGCAAACUCCAUUCCACCAAGGUAAUAGAAGGACAUCCUGAUCUUCUGCUGUGUGGAGUAAAGAUUCAUUAAGCUCAUGAAACACUUGCUCUGUGCUCAGCGCUUGCUCUUGGAUGCCACGUGAACCUUAGUGCUUCUCUAACCCCCCAACCCAAAGUCUUUGUCUUUAUCUUUGACUGUGUGCCCUGCUCUUUUGCUUUGUCUCAAAGCUUUAGCCUGUGAAACAGCUCCAUGGAGCGGCGUCAUCCGCCCUUCCAAGUGUAAGUAUUUAACCUGCUGAAAACCUGGCUGCUGCUUGUCCAGCACAGCUUUCUGUAAGAGGGCACAUGCUCUGUUAACCUGCAUUACAUGCAUAUGCAAACAAGAGGGCCUGCUCGCAGAUAGAUUCACGUGUGUCCUAUUAACUUUGGGGUUCAUGAUUUAGUUUCAGGUCAUGAUAUUUAGUCCUACUUGUUCUCUUUCACCUAUUGUUUCAUGUUGAAGGAGGUAUCAAAAAGCCAGAGAUUCUUGGAGUUUUGAAACUCCAAAGGACAAAAGCUCAGUGGAAAUGCUCUACAGUUAUACGGAACUGCUUAAAGUUGAUCUUUUUCUUCCUGGGGAACUUCUUCACUCAUUCUUCUGUGGUUCUGUCAUCUGUAGAGGCCCUGUUUUUGUUUCCUGCACUGUUUUCUAAAGGUGGAAACUUGUUGUAUGUGCAGGUUGUGAAAUUAUGCUUUUUUUAGAGUUUCUCUGAUCUUUUGUCCAAAGAGGAUCCUAAAUCAGCUCUGAACAAACAGGCAAAGUAAGCAGAGGCGAGGCCAGACUUGAUGUUAUCACUGCACUGAAUCUCUGGUCAUUGCCAUCAGAUGUGUAAUUGUCCUCUGACAAGGAUUGUGCCGUUCAGUUGAGAGCACAUGAAAACAUAACAGACAGAUAAACUCGCACAUUUAAACACAUUUGACUGUAAUUUUGUAGAAUUUUUUUUAGUCUGAUGAAUUUCUGCCCAUGUUUUAACCUCUUGUGGCUCUGCUUAUUUUGUCUUUCACAGGGAAGUGUUUCCUGUAUUGUAAUGGGCUGAUGGAUCACAUCUAUGUGUGUCAGAAUAGAACUAGUUGCACCAGCUGGUACAAAACACCAACUCAUUUCAGUGGGACACUUGUAAGUGUGAGGACACUUAUAACUCAGAUUUUGCUGCUGUGAUUUUUUUACCACACCAAAAAUGACUUGGUUGUUGUUACAGGAUGCAUUUGUGAAAAUAACGCGCCAUGAAGGACUCCGGUCUUUGUGGAGUGGGCUGCCUCCGACACUGUGAGUUUUUGAUUCAAAUGAAGACAAUGCCUGUAAUAUUUUAAAAUAUUACAUGUUAGGAUCAGUACAGUUUGGGACCUGGAUUAAUUACACUGAUAAAUAGCUGAUAGUUUAGGUCAUUUAUUCAAUAAAAGAGGAAUAUACUGUAUGCACACUGGCCCUCAUUUAUCAAGCUUGCGUACGACAGAAAACUUGCAUACACCUUGCGUACAACAAUUUUGACGUGAGGAUCGGGAUUUAGCAAUCUGCACGUGAGCGUACGCUACGACCAAAUCUCAUGACAGGUCUGACAUUGUGUACACAAGUUUGAGUCAGUGUUGAUCUUCGGUGCAGCAAAUGCCUGUCUGAAAAUAAUUGAUAAACAAACCUCAAACCUGUCACUAAGCACAAUCAGACAGAUUUCAUUAAAGAUUAAGACGUAAAUAAAAUAAAAUACAUUUGUUAUGUCAUAGUGAACAAACCUAUUAGAUAACUCUGCCCAGAGACACUGCCACAGAGCAGGAGCGCCAUUUUAACAUUGCGCACACAUGCACACGCGCCACUGUGAAGCGCUGCGUUUGACUCCUAAAAGGCAGGUGUCUCUGUCUUGGCCCAGCAGCGGGGACGUUGUUGUACACUCCUGAAAGGGUGUGGGACAUCAUUUGAACCAGUACAGUUUUGCACAAUGUUACACUGGCGAAUGGAGUGCUGUUGGCUGUGUUGGUCCAACGUAAGGACCCGAUGCCCGGAGAACAAUAACGAGGAGAGACUCCACAAAGGUGGUGGACAGAGGAGACAGGACCUUAUCCAUGGAUUCUGAUGUAAAGUACAAGUUUAGAAAGUGCUCUUGCUAUUUAAUCAGUGAUAAAAAUCCAAUAGAAAUCCAUAAAAAUGUGCCUCAGGGGCAGCGACACACCGUUUGGUGAGGUUAAUAAUUAUUUUUGUUCAGCCUCUGUCAGACUCUCCAGUCUGCUCUACAUUACAAAGACGCAACAAAUUAAAACUAAAUACUUUCAAUAAUAGGAGCAACGUACCCUAUGUCACACCAAUAAAAAAUAUGAGGCAUUUAUAAGAUAAUAAUUUAUCAUCAUGAGCAACUUAUUGACUAAUGAUUUAUUCAAACUUCAGCCACUGUCCGCUAUUCCGUGGCAGCGCUGUUCAGCACCACCAUAAUCCUGCUCCAGACAGGAGUUUUCUGGACCGCUUUUAUACCAGUUUUGAUGCUUCCAAAGAGAAAAUCUUGGUUAGUUUUCACCACAGAUGUGAGGAUAUCCACUUUCAGCUCUGAAAAGUUUCGAAUUUUUCUUAUAUUUCUCCUCUUUCAUGUUUGACCUCAGUGGGCGAGGCUUCUGAACCACAAAUAUUUAAGGCCGUAAACAUGUUAAUGACGAUCGAUUUCAGCCGCUGCAUUUACCAAGACCCGAUCAUACGUAUGCUGGGAUUGGUCAGAUACGAACUCUUUCAUAAAUCUCACGUGUGUCCUAUCGUACGAUGAAUCCAGCGUUCAAAUCUGUGCUCAGAUCUGCGCAAGAUUGAUAAAUGAGGGCCAAUGAGAUGUGUGGUGUAAGGCUUUCUCAGAAGACAGAUGAAGAGAGAAGGAACACGUGAAAAGUAGACACAGUAAAGGAGACUCCAGCCUCUUUACAUCAGGCACACACUAAAACAGUAAGGCCAGAUGGGGCCCCAUGGCGCAGUACCAUAGACUGUAUAGUGUAUGCCGUCUGCCUCCUCGCUGGGUAAAGCCACUCUGAGAACAGCACCCUCUGGUGACGGGCUUCAGUAUAGGUCAUAAAUCCUGCCUCCGCCAGCAAAGCUUAUGGGGCUGUGGACAAACUUUAAAAAUUUAUUACACAGAACAUACAUUUUUCUCCCCCCCUGGUUGUGAUGUUGACAUGUAGUUACUGUAAGACUGGUUUGUGCUCAAGUCCUCUUUUUUCUGUACAGUUCUGUUUUUAAAAGUUAUUAGGGGGUUCAUGUUUUCUAUGAUUGAUACUUGAUGCAGCGAUUGCGUAGCUCACCCAGGGGAUACGCUGUUUGAGCCAAGCGUCAUCACAGCAAUUCUAGGCAAAUCUCUCGCCGAAUGCGUACAAUGCUGCUGCGCAAGUGGUGAAGUGCCUACAACUGUACUGUUGGUUUCAGGAAGUGGAGAAAAAUCGCAGAAUUACUUUUUGGCUUCAAAUCCAUAUACUGGCGGAAGGCGGAACCAAGUUGUCCAUAGUAUAUACAGUCUAUGUGCAGUAACCUGAACACCAAAUAAACAAAUGUAACUAACUUACUAAACACUAACUUUGUGUUUAGUCCCAGGCCUGAUAGAGGGGCUUACACCAGCAGAGAAUUGUAGGUUUUUAAUGUUGCAACUUUGCCAGACUAGACCUGCACAGACCAGACUAGUGCAACUGUGUGUGUUAAUAUCCUGACAGUUUCCAAUAGAAACCUUUCUUCACUUGCAUCAUGUCUGCAGUGUCAUGGCAGUACCUGCUACUGUCAUCUACUUCACCUGCUACGACCAGCUGAGGGACUUCCUGAGAUAUGGUUUGGGUUUCCAGGGCAGCCAUGUUCCUCUUGUUGCUGGAGGCUUGGCCAGAUGUGAGUCUGUUAAAGUGCAUUCAGAUAUCUUACAUGUGAUUGUAAAUGAGUUAUGUAAAUGAAUAUGUGGAUUUCUGUGUUACAGUGGGAGCGGUGACAGUGAUCAGCCCUCUGGAGCUGGUCAGGACUAAGAUGCAGUCCCGUCGUCUGCCCUAUAGUGAGCUGCGGGCAUGUAUCCACUCUGCUGUGGCCCAGGAUGGGCUGCUGUCGCUAUGGAGGGGUUGGGGACCUACUGUGCUAAGAGAUGUACCCUUCUCUGGUGAGAACUACACUUCAGAAUAAAGCAUAUAGUGAACUUUAUAGGAGAUUAAACAACAUUGUACCACAACUCAAUUUUUUUAGUUAUUUUUGUACCCUAAGUUUGUUCCAAAUUGUUGUUGUUUCACCAAAGAGGACGUGCGACUGAUACUAAUAGAACCAGGGUGGAGUCAUAUACAUGUUUAUUAGUUUAUUUAAGGGACACAACAUACAACACAGACUGCAAAGCCAUGGUUAUCAAUAAAAUAGAUGUAAAUUAUAGAUAUCAGAUCAUUUUAUUUUACAUAUGCAGAAGGAAACCUUCAUGAACAGUAUUAACCUUCGCUUUUCACUACCUUCCCUUAGCUGUACAGCGAUACUUCAUUUAUUCAUUGUUGGAAACUGUUUACAAUGACAUGAAUUAAUAGGUUAGAUUAAUAUCAUUCCUUGUAGCAGCCAACUGGAACAAAUAGACUCUGAAACCUCAUAAAGAAAAUAGCAAACAUUACUGUACAGCUCUAUCUGUAGGCCAUAAUAAUGAGUAAAGACAGCCUUUCCCAAAUGAUGGCACAGACUGGGGCUAAAUAGUCAAGAACAAAGAAAAACAUACAACCAGAAAGAUGAGUUCUAUAUUGUUCCCUUGAUUACAUACAGUUCAUGGCAAACAUACUGCUGCUUUGUCUUCUUUUUGUUUUUUUCAUCUCCUCAACAAAAACGUCUUUUACACUCUUAGAAAAUCUUCCUUCCUGUCUCCCUCCCCUCGUGUCCCUUUUCAAUUGAUAAAUCCAACAAAUAUGAAGCAAAGACAUACUGGUAACAAGCGGCCCUUGUCUCUGUUUGUCCACAGCAUUGUACUGGUUUAACUACGAGCUUGUGAAGGCCCGUCUGUGUGAAAAGUCCCGAGUGACCCAGGCCAACUUUUCCAUCAGUUUCACGGCAGGAGCACUUUCUGGAGCCGUAAGUACUCAGCUUUUUUCCUUGAGAGUACAAAAAGCCCCUGAAAAAAAGUGCAGGAUAAAUGUCACUGGUGCCUAUUUUUUGAUUGAAUUUGUAACAAGCCCUGCCAACAAUCUGUGGCAGCAUGAAAACAGAGAAAACAAAGAACUGGCCAUGCACCAGUGGCAGCGCUAAACAACUACUGCACUGCCUCAAUGUCCCAAGGCCACCCAACCUAAUAGUUACAGUACCUUGUGUAGGGUUGAAAAAUAAACAUAAUCAUAUAAGGGCCUUCAAGUUUUGUCCAAUCAAUUGCUUGACUUAGCAAUUGCUUGACUUACUGCAACGAUUAACUCUAAUUUUUCAAUACCUGAUCUAAUACCGUAGUUCUUUAAAUGAUUAAAAACGAAACUUUUAGAAAACCUUUUAAGCACCAGUCUUCCUGUAGCAUCACACUUUUAUUGGUAUUUGUUAGCAAAAUCCUAAACCUAGAGUGAUUCAAAUCAAAUCUGACCUGUUUGGCUGACCGUACUAACAUUACUAGAUAAACGUGUCACACUGAUUUCAUGUCUCUUAAACAUCUGAUAACAAGGUUCCAGGUUGAGCUUUGAGCACUGAGCAGUGAAUGGAUCAUCAGGGGUUAGUUCAGAGAAUGAGGCCAGUCGCUGACCCACAUUCACACGGUUGUGUUUCUUGCACAAUAAUUGAACCACAGCCCACCUGAUAUGAUGCAGGGGUUAUUUCUGUGAGUGAGGUGUAGCUGCUGCCUGAUCUCAGGUCAAAUCUGGUGUCUUAUGACUUCUUUUUGUCUGACAUUGUGUCCAGAUUGCUGCGAUCCUGACCCUGCCUUUUGACGUGGUGAAGACACGGAGGCAAAUUCAGCUAGGAGAAAUGGAUACUCAAGGAGGUUUGUGUUCAAAAACAGUGAUAAAGUUAGUGACCGAUAUAGAAUGUGCGUUUUUUUCUAAAUACUUUGCUUUCCUUCUAGUUAAUUUAAAGAGAACAACGUCCACAUGGCACAUCAUGAGAGAAAUAUGGGCUGAGAUGGGCUACAGAGGACUUUUUGCAGGUAAAACUCAUUAAUUGUUGUCUUUUGUUGUGUAAAAAUGCAAGGUUGGUUAACAGCAGGACAAAAAGGGAUGUUCAGAUCAGGUUGCCCCUGAUCCAGAUCUUUGGUUACCUUGUAUUGAUCCUGCCAGUAAAAAGUCACAAGCUGAUACUUGUGUUUUCUUGACUAUAACAGCUGCACAGUCCAUACCUCAAAUACACUGAGGUCAAAUGUAUUCAUAGAAAAUGCUCAACAAUGUAAUAUCUCAGCAGUCCAUUGUGAAAAUAGUCCUUUAUCUAAAAUUAUUUUGCUUGUUAAGAUUUUUUGUGCUGGCCUAUGAAAUGACACACGACUUUGACUCUUAGACAAAAUCAAGAGCACCUUGGUAGGCCCAGACUCUGCUCUUAAGAAAAGGAUCACUCUUACUACAGGGCACUAGUUGGUUAAACAAAUUAUCAAUAUUCUCAUUAUUGUAGUCCAAACUACGAGUCAUUUAGCCUCUUAAAUGGUGCACAGCCACUGCCUACUUGCCAAGGCCAUAGCUCUGAAUUUCCCUGUUGAACUCUUUCUACGGCCUCCUGAGACCAAAAUAUUUCAUAUUAAGCUUUGUUGUUUUUUUUUUCCACCACAAGUUUUUGGUCAAAAACAUUGACCUCUCUUUCCUUUACUCCCUUAGCCCUAUCUAAUCAUGUAUUUUCCAUUAACUGGACACUCCUCUGUCUGGGGUAGCUUAAGAUCAGCAGGGGCAUUGUUAGAUGGAAAUGUGGUAUGAAGGCUGGUGCACAAUACUUUCGAUUUUACUUUCUGUGACAACAUGUAUCCCUUUUUCAUAAUGUAUAUUGUUUUGAAGAUGAACUUGUAGUUACUAAGCAACACUAACCUCAGGUGAAAACAUUUGUGUUUUCCACAGGUUUUAUGCCGAGGGUGAUCAAAGUGGCUCCAGCCUGUGCUGUAAUGAUCAGCACCUAUGAGUUUGGAAAAGCUUUCUUCCAAAAGAUGAACCUUGAUCGAGAGUGACCAAAUGAAACCUGCAGACUGACAGUGCAAGAACAGAACAAUGUAUAUUUUCAGAUGUGUAAGCACAGUUUGGACACUGACUCUUGAAGAAAGAAGCCUGAGGAACUAGCGGGCCUGGACUUGGGCUCAUUUAACCUAAAAAAGGAUUUUCUCAUAUUUUUUAGGACUAUUUUUCCCUGCAAAGGUUCUUGCAGACUGUGACAAAUCAUCCUUGAACUUUAAAUUAAAGACUGAAUACUGAGAGAUACUUUAAGAACACAGACUGUAUGUGCUAAUUUACCUGGGUUGUUCUACCUUGGGAAGAGACUUUUUCCGUCACUUUAAAGGUUUUACAGAAUAAUACUGAUGGGUAUGAACAAACGUCUGCAGAAGACAAAGAACAAACUGACCCACUAUCUAGGAUGGUGGGGCGAGGGGAGUUGCUUGUUGGCUGCAUGAGUCUCAGGGAAAAGUUCUCAUUCCUUCUCCUUGCAUUAAUGGAGACCAAAUGUAUUGUGAUUCAAGCUCCAAUCAGUGAAGAACCCAGACGUGCUUCUGCAUCAACCUGCAUCCUUAUAGUGGUAAAGCAUGACUUUUCAAACAUGUAUCUGUCAGUACAGGAUUGAAAAAUCUGUUUUGUAUGCUGGAUAAAUUUAAUCAUUUGUAGCACUUGACAUCUGCAAGACAAUGUAAUAUAAAAUAUGAAAACAAAGACAGGCUGGAGUAUUAGCUGAAUGUGGGCUAUUUUUUUUAAUAGGGAAAGCCAUGAACUACAAAACGCCAGCCUCUCUAGAAUAAUCCGUCAAGCUUUAUUGAGAGAUGUGUAAUCACUGGUGCAUGAAUUUAGCCUUUUUAGCUACAACUGUAAUGCAAGAAUUUGUUAACAUUUCAUGCUUUUCUUUCAAAUGAAAACCACUGCAAGUAAAAAAAAAAAAAGGCAUUUCAAAUAUUUUCCUAGUGGCAUUCUGGUGGUUUGAUUCUUAAAUUUUCAACUUCAAUUAUAACAUCAAAGCUCUGUUACAACACUGGAUCAUAAAAUCAAAAAUAUUGCUGCCUUAAUGUGAAAGGUAUAAAUAUGUGUUUGUUUAUUUUUUAAAUGAAUAAAAUGUAUUAUGUUGACUGCU